UUCUCCACCUUUCGACCGGGAUCCCGACGACGGCGGAGCCUCGCCGGCGGCGAUGAGGAAGCGGCGGUUCACGCAGGUGGCCAGCUCCAGCGACGACGAGGAUGACAAGCCCAAGCGCCAAACCGAUGGCGCCGACGAUCGUAGCAGGAAGAGGAGGGCGAGGGCGCUCAGAGACGAAGAUGAGGACGAUGAGAAGCAGCCGAGCAAAGCUAGAGGCGGUGGAGGCGAUGGGGAGGAUGAGGAAGAGGAGGAGGAGGCCGUGCAGGAGGAUGCCAAGCCGAUUGGUGACCCUGUGAGGGUUUCCGGCAAGGGGAGGAAGAAGAAGAAUCACUACGCAUCGUUUGAGUACGAUGGAAACGUCUUCCAGCUUGAGGAUUCGGUGCUGUUGUCUCCUGAGGAUAAGGGACAGAAACCCUAUGUUGCUAUCAUUAAGGACAUUACUCAAGAUAUUGAUGGCAAUAUGAUGGUUACUGGGCAGUGGUUUUACCGCCCUGAGGAAGCAGAGAAAAAAGGGGGCGGGAGUUGGCAAACUCGAGACACUAGGGAGCUCUUUUAUAGUUUUCAUUUUGAUGAUGUUCCAGCUGAAUCUGUUAUGCACAAAUGUGUUGUUCAUUUUAUUCCUCUACACAAGCAACUGCCACUGCGUUCACAGUUUCCAGGUUUUAUUGUGCAAAGAGUUUAUGAUGCUGUCCAAAAACGGCUCUGGAAGUUAACUGAUAAAGAUUAUGAGGAUACCAAGCAAAAUGAGAUUGAUGUGCUUGUUCAGAAAACACGAGAUCGAAUGGGAGAGCUUCCUGAUAUUGAGACAACAGAGGAGACUUCUGCCCAGCAGGAUGAGCAGCCAAGCUUGAAGAGUAAAUGGAAUCUCAGGAGGAAAAGUAUCCAUCCUAUUGAUGUUUCCCGGGAUGAUAUAAGCACAAAAUCUGAUCAAUCACUGAAAGCAGAAACACCUGGGAGCUGUACCAGCGAUGUUUCAGAGUAUCAUGCAAUUUUAGCUAAGCGGAAAGCAUUAACUGGUGAUCCUUAUCGUGAUAAAUGGUUAGAGAAGCUUCUGCAAGGAAUUAAGCUAGUAUGCAACUCAAAGGAUGAUGCAGGGGUAGUUGAUAGGCAAAAGAGUGAUGGAGAUCAUGGCAAACCAAAAGUAACCAGCAAUGAUGGUGUAGUGCCCUCUGUGCCUGGUGGGACACCUAAAAUCAGUGCUUUGGAUGCUGAAAGCCUGCCUGAUGCUGCCAUUGAAGCAGUGACCACACUGGAGAAAGUUUCAUAUGAAGCUCUUGGUUCUGAUUUUCAGAAGUAUAAUCAGAAAAUGCGCAAGUUAGAUUUUAAUCUCAAGAAUAAUGCGUUACUGGCUAGACGCUUACUGAAUAAAGAGUUGGAACCGUCUGUUAUUAUCAAUAUGUCGCCCAAUGAACUAAAGGAUGGUUUAACUGCACAGGAGAAAGCAACCAAGGAGCCUGAAAAGUCAGACCAAAUGCAGAUGACUGAUGCCCGGUGUUCAAGAUGUAUGGAAAAGAAAGUAGGUGUUGCUGACAUUAUACAGGCUGGAGGACUUGGUGAUCGUUAUCAGCUGGAGUGCAUUGCAUGCGGACACACAUGGUAUGCAUCUCGAGAUGCUAUCUCUUCAUUAACAAUAGAUACCCCCACUGUUGUUGGAAAUGUGGGUACUGCACCAUGGGCCACUGCCAAAUUUGAGAAUGUAGCGAAAAAGCUGGUGAGUCCCCGGGAAUCACAGAAGCCAGGGGCCGACUAUUUUCACAAGUCAACCACAGCAUACAUGCCUGUUUUGGAAACUCAAAAAUCAUUUAACAGACCAAAGAAUGAAUCAAAACCCCCAGCAGCAGAUGAUGCACAAUGAUCAAGGAUGAAUUUCGACUGUUGCACAGUCAAGUGAUGUUCUGGUCCAGAUGCUUUCCAUUUUUGUUGAUGAAUGCUUUAAAGGAUAGAUGACAAGGCUGGUCACCUUCAAAUGGUAUAUCUGUCUUUCAAUUCAAUAUAUUUUUGUGCAUUGCUAAAUAGAAGUCGAUAACAUCUCAGUUCGAUUUUCAGUUGUAAAUUCUGUAAGUUAGCUCAGAGAUUUUACAACACUUAAUGGAUUAUAAGUUUUAGCGAUAACACAAUUGGAUUGAUUUCAUAAAUAAGUGUAGUUUUAUGUCAAUGUAGAAAAAACCGGUUUUUCUAAUUUGGUCGGACAUUUAUAUUUUAUCA